GCCAGUCAUCACAGCCCCGUAUUCACACACACACACACACACACACACAGCAGCUAGCACGCACCUAGGCUGUCUGUAUCUACACACAGGCAGAAUUAAACUAAAGAUGCCACACCUAAGCCUCUGCAUCCUCAUCGGCAGCAUCAGCGUCACCCACCAGCUCCUCACCCACCACCGGCCGCGACAGCCGGCCCACAAGCUCAGAUAACAGAGAGCUCUUCACCCCUCCAGCAAAGGGAUUCGCGGGCAGCCUCGCGACUCCCAUCUCAUUAUUCCUGUCCUCCCCCACACCCUCAUAAUGCUCGCCACUGCCCUUGGCGUUGUCUUCAUGACGUGCUGAGUGGGGCCUUGCAUCUCCCGUAACGUCAUUCUGGACCAGCUGCUGGGCGCUGGGCUUGUCGAAGAAAGGUUCGUCUGUGGUGUCAUCGGGUGUGGCGCCGGGAAGAUGGCGGAUGACGACAGGCAGUGGCUUGGUCCUGUAGCCGAGGACCAACUGGAGCUCACGAAUCGUCUCGCGGCCCUGCUCCUGCACCUGAACGAACGAACACCACACGCGCAUACACACACAGAGGUGACAACAACAAGGUUGGAGUAUUGGUGUGGUGUUGUGUCGCGUGGUGUGGUUUUGUGUCUGACCUUUUUGUCGGCUUGGUGUAUCGCCGACCCUAUCGCACGGUGUUCUCCCCUCUGGCCAUCAUCUCCACCGACCGCACAGAACACCUCGAGCUGAUCGCCCCCCUCGCCUCUGAUGACGGGAGGGCUCGACUGCGGUUCCUGCCCUUCGUCAGCCACAGGUUGCGGUUCCUCCGUCUGCUCAUAGUGGAUGGGUGGGGGAGGGGAGGGCUGUGUGGGUGGCUGUCGUGGUUGGAGCAGCAGCAAUGCCUCAGCCCUUUUCAUGUCCUCCACAGCUUCACUCAGAUGCUGGCUGACCGUCUUGACCACGGCAGAGAUGGCACCUCCAUCACCAUGGCCUUCACGAGAUAGCUUCGUGAGCCGCAGCGACGCCAGUGCCGACCCAAGGGAGAUGUUGAGGCGAUCGAGCGCCUGACACACGUCCAUGACUGUGCCUCGCCCCCAACGCACGGCGCUCGGCGAGCCGUUCGCACGUGGGGAUGGGGCGUCUCCCUGCGGCAUCUGGGUGUAGCAGAGGGCCAGCUGAGCCCUCAGAGAUGCCUUGCCAGAGGCCAAGGUCCGCUCAACUCUCCGCAUAGCCGCAGCACACCGUAUCUGGACCACCACCAGGCGGCGCACAAGCUCCAGCUGUGUGCCGAGCCCUCCAUGCUGGUUGCUUGCGUCGGCUGCCUCCGCCACAGUGGCCUUGAGCUGACUUUGCACGAGUGAGCACACCAGCUGGAAGGCCGCCUCCAUCCGCCCAAGCCCGCUCUUCAGUGACGACAGCGACAGAAAAACCAUAUCGUCUUCUGUGUCGUCCUGAUGAGCAUGUGGUGGCGGGAAAGCCUCUAAGGCGUCAGCAAUCCCGAUAUCAACGCUCCCGCCUGCACUCAGCUGUCGGGCGGCCUCCCUCAGAGCGACCAUGACGUCACUCGUGUGCUCAUGGAUCGCCCGGCGAAGACCCUUGAGCGCCAUGAAGGCAAGGGCGCCCCUGCUGCUGGAGGACGCCUCAAUGCGUGUGAUGGGCGGCAGCACCUCGCCAAGCCGGAAGCCCCGGCGCACCAGCUCGACUUCCUGAAUCCAACGUAGGGCCUCACGAGCCACUUUCCAGUAGCCAUCGUGCGCAUCGAUGGCGCCAUUCAAGGAAGAUGCCACUGAGCGGGUCACUUGGUAGAGCAGCACGGUGACAGACGACACUAGGCCACCGGCGAAACAGAGGAUAGCGCCGCCCCACAGCAGUCCUCGCGCCGUCCCUCCCUGAUAGUGGCGCCAUGAGUAGACAGUCAGGAGGCUGAGGGCAAGUGUUGCAGCCGUCCAGCCCGUCGGACACAGCGCUCUCGUCGUGAAGCGUUGCCGCUCAGCAUUCUCGUCGAUGUGCGCCAUGACAUAAUCGCCGUAAGCCUCAGCCAAUGCCGCAGCCUUCGGCAACGUGGCCUCGUCUUUGCCGCCGUGUUCAUCCACAUCUCUUGGUUGGAGCUGGCUGGAGAGGGGCUGGGCAUCAGUAGGGCCGCAGAGAUGGCCCUCUCCGAUGGAUUGCAGAUACUCAGCCAGCGCACCGCUGCACACCUCCUCAUUCAUGACGACUCAAAUCGAAGCGAUUCUUGUUUUAGAAGAGCCUCCUUAGCGUGGGAGGGUUGAGAGGCCUCCAACGAGGAGGGAAC